AUGUCAACCUCAUCUUCAGAUGCUGCGAGGGAUAUUUCGGAGAACGCAAGCACUACACCCAAAUACAAUGAAACUACCACCGAAAAGAGAACUGAUAUCGGAGAUGGCACAAAUUUAAAGAGUCGAGAUGAGGGUUUUCGGAAAGUGCAAAGUAUUGGCAGUGGCCGUUUCAAAAAUCCAGGCAUCGGUAGAAUAAGUAAUGGAUUGGGAGGUAUUGGAAAAAUACCUAGCAAUUCAAAUGUAUUUGAUAGCACUGCUCUCUCUUACGAAUCGAUUGACAAAAUCGAAUGA